UUCUUAUUACACCGUCCGAUUAAAAUUGUCUUUAAAUUUCGUUAAUUACCAUUUCUUUUUAUAAAUAAAUUUCGUUUUGUCAAAUAAGUUGUUGGGUUUUGCUUGGUUAGCAAGAUUAUUCCCUCUCUUGAAUAUUCUACAUAGAUCCCAUAUGCGUCUCUCUGAAAGGCCAUUACCCCAAAACCCAAAAAAAAAACAAAAACACUUUAAUUUCUUUCCCUUGUUCGGAUCGAUCUAUUCUUUCUCACACCAUAUAUAUACACAACCACCUUUCUCAUUUUCACACUCAAAACAGAGGAACAAAAGAGAAAAUAGCAAAACCCCAAAUAACCAAAAAUAAGUAAAAAAAAAAAAAAAACAUGGAUUUCUCAGAAAAAAUGAACUAUUCAGGACUUGGGUUCCGAGAGUAUGUUGAAACUUUAGAGGAAGAAAGGAAAAAGAUUCAGGUUUUCCAGAAAGAACUCCCUUACUGCUUGGAGCUUGUCACACAAACCAUUGAGAGAUGUAAGCAACAAUUAUCAGGAACGGCGACGACCACAGAGUGCUUGCAUGGGCAAUCGGAGUGUUCGGAGCAGACUUCAAGUGAAGGACGUGUUUUUGAGGAGUUUCUUCCUUUGAAGAGAACGUCUUCCGAUAACGAAGAUGACGAGGAUGAGGAGCAGCAAUCUCCUAAGCGCAAGACCAGCAUCAACAACGAUAACAUGGCUGAUAACAAGAAGAAAGCGGAUUGGCUUAGAUCUGUUCAGCUUUGGAAUAAUCCAACCCCAGAUCCAGCACCACAAAAAGAGGAUGUGCCUAAAAAAGCUUCGGUUAUGGAGGUGAAGAGAAAUGGGGGUGCUUUUCAGCCUUUCCAAAGGGAGAAAAAUGUUGGCAAGCGUAAUGGGUCGCCGGCGCCGGCACCGGCGUCUGCUCCGGCGGCGAGUUCGAGUUCUGGCAAGAGGGAUGAUGAGACGGAAGGGCAACAGAGUCAGAGGAAGCAGAGGAGAAAUUGGUCGCCUGAGUUGCAUAAGAGAUUCUUGAAUGCCCUUCAACAACUUGGUGGUUCUCAUACUGCUACUCCAAAGCAGAUUAGGGAGCUGAUGAAGGUUGAUGGGUUAACAAAUGAUGAAGUCAAAAGCCACUUGCAGAAAUACCGUUUGCACACUAGAAGACCAACUCCAGCCACCCCAAACAAUGGCAAUGGACAAACGCCACAAGUAGUUUUUGUGGGGGGCAUAUGGGUGCAGCCAUCCGAAUACGCCGCGGCAGCGGCAUCAGCUGCAGCAUUGGGCGAUCCCUCCAGCGUCACCACCGCUGCCAACAGAAUCUACGCCCCGGUGGCAGCACCGCCGCCUGCAAUCCAGCACAUGGCGGUCCACAGACUGCAGCAAAAGAAGCAGUCCGAUUCCUCUCAUUCCGAAGAAAGGAUCAGCCAUAGUGGAGGUGUCCAACAUUCCAAUUCCCCAGCCACCUCAUCCUCCACUCAUACGACCACAUCUUCCCCUGCGUUUUGAUCUUCUCAUUUGAGAAUGAUUUGAAAUUUUGUAACCAGUAUGUGCAGUAGAGAAAAGUGUUAUAUGACCACACACCAUUCUGAUUGUUUUCUUUCGUUCUUUUUUACUUCUCUCGUUCUUGCUGGACUGAAAAGUGUAGAGUUAAGUAGUUUUGAAAUGGGAAUAAAGUUAAACAACAUACUGAAUU